AUGUCUGCCACAUCUCGCGCCAUGUUGAACAAAGUGCGCAAACUCGUGCCCCCCAUGCUGGAGAAAUUCCACAAGGGCCAAUUGGGGCGAGUAGCCGUCAUCGGCGGCAGUGCGGACUACACAGGCGCUCCAUAUUUCUCUGCCAUGGCGUCGGCCAGAUUGGGCUGUGACUUGUCCUACGUCUUCUGCGAGCCUUCGGCGGCACAGACGAUAAAAUCUUACUCUCCGAACCUUAUGGUGUCGCCGAUCCUCAGGUCUACGGCGUCGAUCUCCCAGGCGCAAAAGGACAAAGAUGCAUCCGGCGACGAAUUGGCCAAGCCCAUUAUUGACAUGCUCCCUCGGCUUCAUGUUCUUGUUAUUGGACCAGGGCUGGGCAGAGACUCGGUCACCCAGAAGCAAGUCAAGGCUGUCAUUCAAGCUGCUAGAAAACACGACCCACCUGUCCCCAUGGUUCUGGAUGCCGACGCUUUGUGGCUCGUGCAGACAGAUCCGGACUUGAUUAAGGGUCACAAAGAAUGCAUCUUGACGCCCAACGUGGUCGAGUUUGGGCGACUCGCCAAGUCUGUGGGCCUUGAACAAGAUAUCGACAAGCCAGAGAAAGCGUGUCAGGAGUUGUCUAAGAUUCUAGGUGGAGUUUGUAUAAUUCAGAAAGGCGCAGUGGAUUAUAUCUCACAAGGAGUCGAUACCUCGAUUUCAGACUUCCAGGGCGGCCUGAAACGAUCUGGCGGACAAGGCGACACACUGACGGGCUCCUUGGGCACGUUUCUUGCGUGGCGUGAGAUCUACCAUGAAGGCCUGUGGGACGUUGGUGAGCCGAUGAGCCGUGAAGAAACUCUGCUGGUUGCAGCGUUUGGUGGAAGUGCAAUCACCCGCGAAUGUUCUCGUCGGGCCUUUGCAAAAAGACAACGCAGUCUUCAGGCAAGUGACUUGACAGAUGAAGUGCAUGAAUCUUUCUUAGCACUGAUUGGGGAGCCUGAGGAAAUUGCCAAGUUAUGA